AUGUUUUUGCACAUGCUGCAUGUUGUCUCCUUGACUCUUAUAAUCGCGCCAGAUCCAAAACCACGACUUAAAUGUGCCUUGCUCAACAAACCGCCUGCAUCCUACUUGUCCUUCACAAUUUAUCGGGCCAUAGGUCCAUUGACUUCAUUUAACUCCGCAGGUGUCAGCAAGCGAGCCUCUACGAUUCACUCACUCGAGCUAUGUGUGUUAAUAACAUCCUCGAUCUCAGCAUCAGACAUAUCAUCAGCAUGUAUGACAUCUCUUUCAGCGUCUUCAACCUCAUCUCAAGGGCCUGGUAGUUGUGAAUUGGCCUUGCAACCGAUUCUUCGCAUCAUCACCCAUCUGAUCUUUGGGCACUUUCACUGCUAUUAUGUUCUUGGCUUCCGAAUUGCUGUCUUGAACCCCCGGAUUGUAAGUGGUGUCGACGUCCUGCCGCAAUGUUCCGCCCCUCACCUUGAGCUAAUGGCGAUAGCCAGCGUACUAAUUGACCCUUCAUUAAAUUCAUCAACGAGGCUAAAUAUAGUGGAUACAGUUGGGUUUGGGAGUCGUUGUCUUGGGAGUCCUAGUGGCUCAGUGUUGGUAGUUGUUCAGUACCCUCACAUCCCGUUUGAGGGGUGGAUGGAGGCGCCGACACCGGGUAAGAAGGCAUUUUCUCCCAUUUUUUACGUUCGAAUGUUUCCAGAACCAUGGCCUUUCAUGGCUUCAAGAUCAUAA